GCGGCCGCAUACUUCGUAGGCCUCGAAGGCCACGCCCUUCGAAGGAUGCGGUCCCUGAAUUGAGACACAAUUUUCACUGGAACUCUGGAAGCUUUAAACCAGGCCGCAAAGAUUUAGAAGACGAUGGUUGUUCAGUACAGCGUGGCUUAUCUUCUGUUCUUCUUCGUCUUCCCGGUUCUUUUGACAGGUCUCUCUCACGAUGUGGUACAAGUGAAACCUGGAGAUAAUGCCACUCUGCCAUGUCAGGCUGGAGAAGCCUCCAUCAGAGCUGUAGAGUGGACCAGACCUGAGCUGGAGUCAGAGUACGUCUUCUUUUACAGAGAUGGACUCUCAGAUCCAACCCUCCAGCAUCCAUCCUUUAAGGACCGGGUGCAGCUGGUGGACAGAGAGCUGAAGGACGGAGACGUGUCUUUAAUUCUGAAGAACGUGAGCAGCAACGACGCUGGAACAUACGAGUGUCGAGUACUCACAGCAGGUGGAUCAAGACGUAAGAGAGCCAACAUUGAGACUGAGCCAAUCAGAAGGAUCCAUCUGGAGGUUUCAGGGUCCAACAGCGGAGACAUCGUGGAGGGAAACUACAGACUUUACUACGGACUGGGAGUAGUGGUUUUGUUCUGGUUUGUUUAGCUGCUGUUGGAUUGUUUGAUGGUGAUUAAGCAGGAGAUAAUCAGCUCCUCUGAUCUCUUUCCACCAUGUUUCAUAUUUUCAACAAGAUUUUCAUUCUUUGAGUGUGAAUGUGUAAAUCUGGAGUUUGAGGCUCUCUACCAUGAUGACCUGCUUCAUCAUUGCAAAAAAUUAUUUGGGAAGGCUUUGUGUACCCGAUCCCAAAGUUGUCGUGUUGUAGAUCAUUCAAGAUGUCCUCGCAGUAAAUGAUGAUGGUGGUGAUGAUGAUGUUAAAUGCAGGGUACCCACGGGAUCUUAAAAGUAAAAAUUAUUUUUUUAUUUAAUAUUCUCAAAGGCCUUAAAAAGUAUUGAAUUUUGUUUACAAACUGUUGUUUUUUUGUCAUUUUGUAGGAAUAAAUAAAUACCAAAUGUAUAAAAUGGGGCUGGACAAUAUGAUCUAAAAUCAAAAUCAUGAGUCUGUUACAAGUAAUGAAGAAAUGUUCUUUUUCUCAUGGUUCACCGAUAAGGUUUGUUUUAUAAAUAUGUUCAACUAUUAGAGGUGGGAUAUUUUUUUGAUUGACAAAUGUCAAAAGUUAAAUAUCUAAAUCCAGUGUAUUCCAUUAAGAGGUCCAGUUAGAGAAAAAUUACUCAAGCAAAAGUCUGCAACAUCAUAAUGACUAACUUGCGUUAUCAUUUAAGUAAGGUUUCAGCUACCACACUCGUACACUCCUUGACAACCCCUCCAUCAGUAAAUUGAUUUUUAUGUUGCUCCAAAAGUGAAUGAAUGUGUUAAGAUUCUGCUGGAUCGCUCAUUUUGGGCUCUUAGAUCUUGAGUUGCAAUGUUUAUAGGAAUGCACAGAUUUGAUUAGCUGAGUAGCAUCAUAUGACAUGAUUUACAAUGCAUGCUAUUGGUAAGAGUGUUUCCUAGGCCACAAAACCAGUACCAUAAAUGCUAGAAAGGUUGUACAGGUCAUAAUGGAAAGACUCCAUCAAAAGUUACUAAUUCUCAUUAAUUAUAAUUAAUAAUUUAAUAUAAUAAUUGCACUUGAUCAUUAAUAUCUAUGUGCAACUAAAGUUAAUGAUUUUAACUUGCACACUGUACAAGCAUGGUAACAAUUACCGCUUGGCUUCCUCUCCUCAUUCUUUAAAGGACAUCUACGUGAUAGGUGCUGUUAUAUGAGCAGUGAAGUUAGGUCUUUUUAAGGCGUUUUAAAUGUGUGUAGUGAGUGUGGCUAAUGUGAGAAAGGAAGCAGUAGAACUUGAUGGAGAAAGCGAGCGUGUAAGUUGUCAAUCUGGCUGUAAAUGUCAGUGUAGGUCACAAUGUGUCCGUUAAUAAAAACCGUGGGAAAUGGAAGGCGGUUAGCGCUAGCAAACAUCUUCCUGUGCUUCAGACUCAGACGCAAUGGGGUACAGAAUUAAAAAAAUUAAUUUUAACAUGUUGGUUAUUUUAUCUUUUAGAGGUUCUGAAUUUCAGUUUCUUGAAUUACUUUUCAAUUAGUUGUCCAGCCCUAGUAUUAAAUAGUGUGUGUGUGUGUGUGUGUAGGCUAAUGUUAUAAGUGACUACUUUCUGUCAGCAGUACAAUACAAUUAACUACACCGCAGUCUCCUUACAGUGUUGUUCUAUCCUUAUUGUAACUACUGUAACAGUUCAUGCAGCCUGUUUUGCUUGAAGCGUGUGGAUUUGCAGCCUUAAGUCUCAUGAAUUGCACAUGGUGCGAUUAAAGUGGAGUUACUGUGUGUGUCAACUAGUGUUUUACUGUAGAAAUAAACCUGAGUAUAAUUAUCUACAAAAAAGGAUUAAAUAGGGACAUGUGGUUAUGAAAUAAUAUGAAUUAUACAAAAAUCAAGAGUGCAGUGUGUUAUGUAAGUUCAAGCUGAUAAUUGUUAUUAAUAACAAGCCUUUAAUAAGAAAGUCUGUUCUGUGCUUUGGACAAAAAUAUUUACAUGUUACUGUUGUGUAUAUUUUGUUAAAUGCAUUUUUUAACAUCAUUAUGCAUUAUGAUAUGCCAUAUUAUGAAAUUCCACGCAUGUUCUAAAAGUUUAAACUAUUAUCUCUGCAUUUUUUUUCUUAAAACAAUGACAAUGAUUUCUCCUCUUAAGGGAGUGCAAUCCUUAGUAAGAUAUGAGCUCAGGUACAGAAAAGAGUAUGGACAGUUUUGGGUUAGGCAUGAGUGGAAAAAGUGUGAAGUAAUGUAAACGAAUUAAGGCGUGGCAGCAAAGAGUAAACGUCGCCAAGGAAAGGGGUAUGGCUUUCGUGAGCGCUGAAUGGUUGAUUUACAAUGAUUGUGUAAUCGGAAAACAUUUCAAAUCUUUAAAAAAAUGUAAUCUUACAUCUUAAAGUUGUAAACUACACGUGUGUCUAUCUCUCUAUCGACUUUCUGAAGUUCUAAAGGUGAAUAUUAAGACUGGAUCAUCCAAAACUAUAUAAAACAAUGUUGCAGUGAAAUUUUAUAGUCAAUGCAGCCAAUUUUAACAUACAAAACGUAAAAAGAUUGUUUAAACUAAAACAAAUUAGUACACAAAGGCCACUGGAUGGCAGCAAGGGGUAAGAAAUUCACCAUCAGAGCUUGGGCAGUAGUAGGAGACUAAGGGCUAUAGAAGACAGUGUAACUCAGGUAUUUGAUUUGAAAAGGAAUAAAAAGUCUUUGCACCAAU